GGGCGGGGCUCCGCGCGGAGCUCCAUUGAGCGGCCUGCCCCCAGCGCUGCCGUACCCCGGGCGGGGCUCCGCGCGGAGCUCGAUUGAGCGGCCUGCCCCCAGCGCUGCCGUACCCCGGGCGGGGCUCCGCGCGGAGCUCGAUUGAGCGGCCUGCCCCCAGCGCUGCCGUACCCCGGGCGGGGCUCCGCGCGGAGCUCCAUUGAGCGGCCUGCCCCCAGCGCUGCCGUACCCCGGGCGGGGCUCCGCGCGGAGCUCCAUUGAGCGGCCUGCCCCCAGCGCUGCCGCGCCGCCGCUGCCGCAGCAGGGCCGGACGCGGCCCGGGCCCGCUCCCCAUGCUGCGCUGGUUGAUCGGCGGCGGCCGGGAGCCGCAGGGCUUGGCCGAGAAAUCUUCUGUACAGACAAUUGGUGAAGAGCAAAUACAGAAUCCUUACACGGAGCUCCUUGUGUUGAAAGGCCAUCAAGAUAUAGUACGAUUUCUAGUACAAAUAGAUGACUGCAGGUUUGCAUCUGCAGGAGAUGAUGGAAUCAUAUUUCUGUGGAAUGCUCAGACUGGAGAAAAACUUUAUGAACUUCAUGGGCACACACACAAAAUUACAGCUAUAGCACCAUUUUCUUCAUCAGAUGUUACUGAGGAAAAAACUGAUUUGAUUAUAACAGCAUCAGCUGAUAGAACUGUUAUUGUUUGGGACUGCGCUAGUGGCAGACAAGUUCAGAAAGUGUCGUGUUUCCAUUCUACUGUAAAGUGUUUGACAGUUCUUCAAAGACUGAAUGUAUGGUUGUCUGGAGGGAGUGAUCUAUGUGUUUGGAACCGAAAAUUAGAUCUCUUGUGUAAGACCAGUCAUCUUACUGAUGCAGGCAUCAGUGCUUUGGUUGAAUUGCCCAAAAAUUGUGUUGCAGCAGCAGUUGGCAAAGAGCUAAUAAUUUUUAGGUUGAGUGCUACUAACAGUGGGUCUGAAGGUUGGAAUAUUGUUGAAGUAAAACGCCUUGUUGACCAUCAGGAUAACAUUUCAUCAUUAGUCACUGUCAAUGAUUUGACUUUUGUGACAGGUUCUCACGUAGGUGAGUUAAUAGUUUGGGAUGCACUUGACUGGACAAAGCAGGCAUCUGAGUGCAACUUCUGGGACUCCUCUGUGCAUCCAGAUGUACAGCCAGAAAUAAAGUUAUCCCAAAGUCCACAUGAAACUUCAGUUCAACACUUAACAUCUGACAAGGAGUGUGUGUUUGCUGCUGUUGGGAAAGGCAUAUACGUAUAUAAUCUUCAAAUGAAGCGUGUGAUUGCCUGCCAGAGAACUGCUCAUGACUCCUCUGUGCUGCACAUUGAGAAGCUUUCAAACAGGCAGCUGAUUUCCUGUUCAGAAGAUGGCAGUGUACGCAUUUGGGAACUCAGAGAAAAGCAGCAGCUGCCAGCUGAACCGGUUCCGACAGGUUUUUUCAACAUGUGGGGAUUUGGAAGGGCAAACAGGCAGGCAAACCAAGCUGCUAAGAAGAUGCAGGAGAAUACACCUGUGUAUUUCUUGGAGCUGGUUGGUGAUUUGAUUGGUCAUUCAUCAGCUGUGCAGAUGUUCCUGUACUUUGGUGAACUGGGAUUGGCUACAUGCUCUGCUGACCACCUCAUUAUUUUGUGGAAGGAUGGUGAACGAGAAUCUAGCCUCCGCAGUUUAACACUAUUUAAAAAAUUGGCACAAAAUGGUGACUUGCAGCUCAAACUUUAGAUUGUUUGAAUACAGGCUGCAUAUAUGUAAACUGGAUGUGUGUAAAACGUGAAUGUAAAGGUACUGAGCUACUGGGAAUCUGACUACUAGUAAAGCUUACGCUUAAUGUCAUGUUAUAUUGGAACUUCUCUUAGUUGUUACUCUUCUCAGAGGAGAAUUUUGCAUUUUGAUAUGCUCUGUCAGCAGAACCGAUAUUCUGUUAAAAGACUUGAGGUAAUGAUGACUCAUUAAAUAGUUUCUGUUAUUAUUCUGAAUGUUUAAAAUUAUCAUGGGUGAAUAUCAAAAUUAAGAAUUAUGAAAUAUGUUGGAUGGAUCAUAAUUAAAGUAGAUGAGGGCAUCCACAGUGCAGGAAAAAGGCAUGGGAAGAAAUCUUCAGCUUCUUUCUUUAUCUAAUUUAUUUCUAGAAGCUGGACUUUCCUCACUUAUGGCUCAGAUUUGUGUGUAUACAGAAAGCCCCAAAAUAAAGCAUUGCCAAAUAGAAAUUUUGCAUUUAAUGUUAAUAUCCUGCACCAAUGGUAAGAAAAAGGAAAAAAGGUAGGUAAUUCCAGUUUGUCAGUGUGUAAUUUUUGGCAAACUGAGGUACAUAGAAACUGUUUAUUAGUAGUAGCUGCAGUUUUACUUGGAUUGGCCUACAUUACUGGACUUUAUACAGCACCACUACCAAGUCUAGCAUGCAGUGCGGUUAGUUUAGCUUGGUCUUUCCAUAGUGCAUUCAUCAAAUUAAUCUGUAUCUAAUAAAAAACAUUUGCCUUACCAUGAAUUUUCAGAAUGUAUAAUACUUUCUUAAGCAGUAGGAGUUGAUAUGUUCAAUAGUAGUGAAACUGUGUUUUGCCAUAUAAAUACUAAAUUCUCAGCUGAAGUCUGACUUCAGAGAAAUCUGCACUAAGUUUGUAAGGUUAAAUAGUAUUUCAGAGUUAAAAAUAAGUGUCUAAGUACACAGAUACUAAGAGUCUGAGAUAGCAGCAGCUAAACAGGAAUAGGGGAAGAAACGCAAACUAAAAUGUAAAGCUCAUUCCACAGCAACAAAAACACAAAAGCAGAAGAUUAAUCAACAGACAAACAAGCAAGUAAUCCCUUCCCCCACCACUACCAAUAACAAACCGAAAAAUGAAGCAGAGUUAAACCUAAAACUGAUACAAAGAAGGCUUGAGAAAGGACAAGAUAAUGAGUGCUACAUUACCAUUUGAACAAAGAGCUAGGGAAAAGGGAAAGUUUGGGAACUUAGUGGUCAUCAAACUGGAUAGCAGAGGGUGCUUCUGUCCUCAGGUCUACUCAGAAGACACAGUACUUAAAUGGUGUAGGAAUAAGUCUUGUGCAACUUUACAGUGCCAUCUUUUCUCUUUGAAUCAAUGAGAAUUGUUUUCAGGACAGAAAACUACAUGGCUGUAAUUCCAGACUUCAGAUACAGUGGUUGCAGUAAGUGCAGUUAAAACAAAGAGCUAAGCAGAUUCUCGCAAGAGCAGAAACAAAAGGAGAAAGCUCCUAGCUUCCUAGAAAAAACCAAAGAGCCUUUUGGACUUGCUUUCCCCAGCAGCAGUGGGCACAUGCCUUUCUCCUGCCAGUUAUAAGCCCAUCUUUGCCUCUUGAACCUUAUUAUGAGACCAUAAUCUUCUCUGGAAAGAAGCACAGAGGGGCAGUAAGAUUUUGAGUUGUAAUUUUGCCCCAUCUUAGUAAAGUUUUACCGCUAAUCUUACUUGAGUAUAGAGCUCAAAAUAACAUAUUUCAAAACCACAAAACAGGUGGAGGAAUUGUUAAUUACCCUCUCCUUUCAAUUCAAGGGAGGUUAAAUCACUGAGCUCUGUGUUCUUUGCUAAGGCUGGCUAUUCUGUUGACCUAAGUAGGAAAGGCAUUUGGAUUCCAGCUGAGGAUAACAUGCCUUUAGCUAUAUUGGUAUUAAACUUGAGAGAGGAAAGCAUGUUAAGUCUACAUUGCUUCAGCUUGUCUUCAUCAGCAGAUGUUGCAUUUCUGGCUUACCCAGGAGACGCUGGGGAGAUAAAACCUCUCCUUGAAUCUUUUUUCCUUGUUUUAAUUGCAAAAUAACUAUUUGGUUGUAUAUAAUGCUUGUGUGUACACAUUGUUUUGACACCUUUACAGUGAAAGCUUAUAAAACUUAGGUUUUUUGGAGAGCUUCCUGCUAUCAUCAGUUAUAACUAGAGAGAAGGAAGAUCAUAUUUUUAUUAUCUUUUCUUACAGCAUGUGAACAACUAUUUCCUUUUUAUAUGACUUUUAAGUGAAUAUCUGGUAGAAAACCAGACCUAUUUAAGUGAACAGUUGUAAUCACAAAACUUGCUAUGCAUUUUACAGGAGUGUAAUUCAGCUUUAAAUAGUCCUUCAUACAUGUAUAAAUAUUUAGAAGUUUCUAAAGUGCCAUUGUUCUCAAGUAGACUACACUGGCAGUUGAUCUCACAAGGGUCUCUUCUUUUAAAGAUUAUUGACUUAAAAGUACCGAGUUCUUUGUUUUACAAAUGAGCUUUGAGUGAGUGUAACAGAGAACACAGGUAUAUAUCCUACUGCUUUGUUAAAUGCCACUUGCUGUUGGGAGAUGCAGUGAGCAGAAUUAUGGUGACUAGAUGAGAUUUUUACAUCUAACUGAUGUCCUAAUUUUUUUCCACCUUACAGUAAAACUGAAUUCCAUAUGUCCAUGUCAUGGAAGUAAGUAUCUUUAUCAGACCGUCUCUUAAUACUUUUACAACUCUGAGGUGGCUGUUUUACAUCUGUGCACUGACAACAGCAUGGAAUAAGCAGCUGUUAGUAAACUGGACUGGUCUAGGAGAUCUGACACAGCUGGCAGAUGAUGAUUAAUCUGUGCUGGUUUAUUUUGCUUAAAGAGGACCCAUAUCCACACAAUUGAAUUUUUUUCUUAGUCUGACUCGGAAGAAGUAAGAUCCUACAACAAAUAUAUUGAUUCUGAAUUAAUGCCUUGGCUUCAGUUCUGGUUCACAAGUAGAACUUUUAUUUUUUUUUUAUGCCUUCCACUGUUGACAUUUUGUUCUGUAUGACAGAAGUGUGACAAAAAUUAUGAAUUAAAUGUUUUACAUGGAUGUGGUCUUACAGUGUUGCUAUAUUUAACCAGUUAAAUUAACAAAGCUUAAAUCUUGGGAAAUUCUUUUCUCUAAUGCAAGCUGCAGUGAAUAUUCAGUUCAGAAUAUUUAAGGUACAACCACCAAGAGCACUAGUUCUAAAUAAAGAAAUGGUAAAAGCAAACAAUAUACAGUAUUAAAAAACAGGUUCAACCUCUCUGAAUAAAAAUCCACUGAAAAAUGUUGCCAUAGAUAAUAGGAAAGAAUGAAUAAUCAUGCUUCACCACAAACACCAUUCUUCAAGUAUACACGAUGUGGCAUUUUAAUACACAGCAACCUGCCUUGGCUAUGACAAAAGUAAGGAUCUGUUACAAUUCUAACAAAAAUAUAGCUUCUAUAUAUUUUUCUGCACAUACAUUUUAUGAAUGUUGCCUUUUGUUUCAGAACUUGGUACAAAACAUACAAAAAAGGUUGGCACAUAUGUAAGCUAUGCACAGUAAACAGCAUUAUCACUAUUCUUCCAUAGCAAUCUAUGCUGUUUGCUUUUUUUUCCCCUUUUCCUUUACCCGAUUUGAUUUUUGAUACAGCACAGGGUAGAUGGACUGCUUCUUUAACUGCAGCCACAGCUUUGACAGUCUUGCUUGCAGCCUGGAGUACACAGUAUUAAAAAUCAGCAAUUCUGCUAGUAAUUAUUAAAGAAUAGUCUGAGAAUAGUCUAAAAUUUAAACUCAUGUUCUGCACACGAUUAAAAUGAGAUGUAGAAAAAUACACAUUUGUGCUUUGAAAGCCUUAGCAUAAAUUUUGUAUCUUAGAACUUUUGAAGAACUGUGUUUGAUUUUCAGCUGUUUUACGUAUUUUGAAGUACUUCUUAUAUCACAAAACCAAUCAGCAUUUUAUUAGGAGAAUAAAGCAGUACAAAUUAUAAUGCUUUUAUAAAUUAUAGCCUGGAAACUUUUUUUAAAAAGUGAUAGGUUUAUCCUAGAAGUAGCACAAUAAAUGAACUUGCCAUAAAAUUUAUCAGUUUAAUAAAAGUGAUGACCAUGUUUACAAACACUAUUUUUAUAAAAAAGGAUGGUGAUCAAGUGCCACAAUAGUUUUUUUUUUUGUGUAAAAUUUGGUUAAAACUUGUUAUAACAUCUCCAAGAUAGCAGAGAACUAUGUGGAUGGCACUACCUAGACAGAACAUGUUUAUUUUCCUGUAUUAUAUGAUGUGUUGUAGAGAAUAUUGACUCCUACCAAGAUUUUAUAUGGAAAAGAAAGAACAGAUAGUUGUCUGAGAGAGUCUCUGUAAUAAGAAAGUUGUUUUAAAACGUGUCAUGUUUGGGUUUUUUAUAUAUCCAGUUUAUUAAGGUUUACUUGUUUUGCUGUGCAUGUUCUCUUUAGAAGUAUGGUUCAGACAGCUGAAGAACAUUGAUAGAAUUGGAACAAAUUUAUGCUAGAUAAGUGGGAAGUUUCUAUCCUUAUUUGACAGGCUAUUCUUACUCUCCUGGUGACUAGAUUAUCCCUGUCUCUGAAAAGCAGUUCUGUGAAGCGUUAGUGAAUAUGUUUGUAUCAACGACAAGAUUCAACAAGUUCAUAUUCAGUAUUAGAAACUAGUUUCAGAAGUACAUUUUUGCCACAAAAUAUUAUUUCCAAAGAGCACUUAGUCAUCUGUAGUUUAUAUAGCCUCUAAAAACAUUUUUCUGUAGAAUUCAUAGAAGCUUAAAAAUGAGAAAAUAUUUCCUUCUUGUCACACAGUCUUAAUUUCACUGGAAAAGCAACAUUAAUCCCCUUUGUAGUCAAGAGUUUAUGUAAGUGAUUCACAGUGAAACUGGUAGAGCAAGAGGUCUGGUUUUCUUGACUUAGUGUCAGUUGUUGUUUUCUGAUGGGAGCCUGAGACUCUUGCACUUCAAAUCAUCCAGUGUUUUCCAGUGUUUGUAGUUAUUGGCCAAGUGUUGCAUCAAAACAGGCAGAUGUGCAAAUGCUGAAAGAACAGGAAAAAGAGUUUUAUCAUGUUUAUAGAAUGGGCAGAAGAAUAGCCCAGCCUGAUCUGAAAUUGGCAUUUUCUUAUUCUCUCUUCUAAUUCCUUAAUUACUAAAAGGGGAAAUGUUUUUUAGUGUGUUUCUCUUUCAAGAAGAACCCUUUUCAAAUGCUUGGUGACUUCAUUAAAUUAUGCUAACAUGCA